GGCUAUAUGAUAUCGUUGGGAUCUGAUGUAAAUUACCUUAUUUAGCUAGCUAACGUUAGCCGAAUAGCUUUCAACUGGCCAACUUUAUUCAGCUUGUUAAAUCGGUUAUGGACACAUAACCUAUAUUUAAUUUAGUGUUUUAAAUACUGUUGUGGUUAGAGUUAGUUAGCUGGUAGAUGGCUACAGCUACCGUUAGUUAUCUGGUGACCAGUCCGUUUGGUGAGUGGGACCACAACACGAUGGAAGAAGGUGGUGCGGAUAUAAACUCCCACAAAUCUUCAAUAUUGCUUGAGCUUUGCAGCAUCUUGUCCAGCACAGAGAACCUGUGAGUCAUCCCCUACACAAGUGCAGGAAUUGGGGAUAUUGGUGGCCCUCACUGAUCCAGAAAGUGGGAAGCUGCUCCAGUCUCAGUCUAACGCACUUGACUCCUUAGGUGUGUGGAAGUCCCUUUUUUCUGCUGUUGAGCCAGACACUGACCUUUGAACCAUGUGCGACCAAGAAAAGCAGAGCAGCGCCGCCCUCGUGCUGGCUAACACUGACAGCGCAGAUCUGUCCGACACCAGCUCCCUGAGUGAGUCCGACCCCGAGGACUCCGCCACGCCCUUCGACGCCGAAGUGGAGAACUUGUCGUCCUCCUCCUCCUCCUCCGGAGAGGCGUCUCCGGACCGGGAUCCUCUGGGAGACCGCGUGGGUGUGGGCUCCGGCCCCGGCUCCCGCAAGCCCUCCUUCCAGCUGAAGGGGGGCAGCGCCGGCUUCUCGUCCCGCAGCCAGAGCAUCUUCGACUGCCUGGAGAGCGCCGCCAAGCUGGCCUCCCCGGGCCUGGGCGAGGACAACGUCAUCGACGGGACCUUCCUGCGCCCCAUGCCCCCGCCCUCCCACAGGAAGAGGGAGGAGAAGAGGGAGGCGGCGGCCGGCAAGCCCUCGUCCGCCGCGGGCGCUCCGGAAAGCCCCACCCGCUCGCCGCGCUGGACCAAGUACAGCCUGGAGGACGUGCCGGAGAUCAGCGACCAGAAGAACAGCCAGGUGGCCCUGGAGUACAUUCAGGGCCUGCAGCGGGAGAAGGGCUCGCUGGCCGUGGAGACCCAGGAGCCCUUCGUGCCCGCCUUCAACCAGGACCACACCAGCAGCGGCGACUCCAAAAUCCUCUUCUCCAGGCCCGGCCGCCGGGACGAGGGCCAGGCCGCCAAGGAUAAAGCGCCCGAGGGCUGCAGGCCCGAUGGAGGCAGGAAGCAGGAAGUGGGCCUCCUCCACCUGGAGGACCCCGAAGAGGAGCCGAAGCCCGCCGAGCCUUCCUCGGGACAGCGGAAGAGGAACAGUGUGUCGGUAGAGGAAGAGGAAGAUGACGGACAGCAGCCGUCUGCUGUCGGGUUCAACUGCAGCCGGAAGGUCAACCGCAAGAAGUUCCGCCGAGGAGGCGAAGAGGAGGAGGAGGAGGAAGACUGAAAGCACGAUGGCGUACUAAAGCAACGGUACAUGCAUGAACCCUGAAUUAUUCAGCAACUUCCGACAGUUUUCACACCCUGUGUUCUAUGAUCCCAUUAUCGCUUCCUGUUCCUAUCAGUUCCCAUGUGAAGAAGUAGGAUGCUGAAGUAUAUUAUUUUAUACUUGAGUACUGGAAGUAUAAUUAAAAUUUGUAUCAGGUAUGCUUAGUAUACUAUUUUUUCACAUGGGUUCGAAGUGCAUAAGGUUAGGCAUUGUCAUGGUUAGCCUCCUUGAAUUAAUUGUAUAGGGUUCAUUUUUUCCCCCUAUUGUGUUACAUAUGUAAAGCCUCACAGCAAUACCUAUAUACCUGUGAAGAAACAAAAUUAAAUGUAUACCGUUGUGUGCAGUGUAGAGUUGUCUGUUAGAAUCCGCCAUAUUAUUUUGAUGAUGUCGCAAUAGAAAUUUGAUAGAUGAAUUGGAAAAAUAUCGUGCCACAGUAAACAAUUAAAGUAAUUUUUUGUGUGUUCUUAAAGUUAAGCCCAAGGUACAUCAUGCGCAAAUUAUGUACAACAGACAGUAAAGACAUAAUAAUAAUGGUGGCUCCAAAGUAGUAUAAUCUUUGAAAGCACUUUGGUCAAUGACAGUGUGCUUAGCUUAAGUUUAAACCGCAGGUUUAAAUCUGUAAACCACAGAAUUGCAUUACAACUUGAAUGGCUCAUCCUUAUUUCACAGAUUUGGAUAGAUGUUCCAGUUGUAAUGCAGUUCUGUGGUUUAAACCCCAGCUAAGCACACUGUAAUUGAUCCCUUGUGUUAGUGAGGGGUGUGUAAUGUGGCCUGGAUGGAAUUCAGACAGCACCAGUGUGUCUCCCUGAAGCCGUUGGACGGUGCAGAAAUGGAACAGUAAUGUAUAUUUUGCCUGGGCUCUGCUGAAUCUCUCAUGUUUGACUGUUGAUUGGAUCACUCUUGUAUACUUAGAAAAAAGAAUUAGUACAA